GUGUUGACACUUCGGUUUAGUCUGAUUACUGCUUGUUUGUGUGUUGUUGUUUUACUUUGGUGUAGCUGUUGUUUGUUUUUAUCUAACUGUAGCUAAUGGACACGCAGUCCUAUAUGCCUGUUCCUCCGGGGGUCGGGAUGGAGGAGAAUUUCUUUUCCCUCGACGACAUUUUGCUGUCACAUGAACGGCUUCCCUGCAGAACUGACACAGCAUUCCCCAAACUCGGAUUCCUGGAGAAAGCGGGCGAAACACACGAUAUACCAGAGGGUACUAAGAUGGAGAUGCCUAUGUGGUUGGCGAAGGGGCUGUACGAGAGGAAAAGGCAUGUGAUCUCGGUGGAGCUGCCUAAAGUCUACCGUGAGGGUUGGAGGACAGUGUUCGGUGCCGACGCCAACGUGGUGGAUCUUCACAAGAUGGGUCCUUAUUACUACGGCCUGGGAUCACAAAUGCUGCACUUUGAGAAUGCAGAGAACCCAGAGAUCGCUCAGUCUAUCCUACAGACGUUUAUCAGCCGUUUCCGCCGCACAAUGGACUCAUCCCAGAAUGCCUAUAAUGAGGACACGUCCGUGCUUGUGGAGCGGCUGGACUGCCUGGAGAGGGCGCUGUUCCGUUCUGGCCAGAACGGCCUUAAUGCCUUCCAGCUGUGGGAGAGAGGCAGAGCGUCACAGCUCACCGCCUCCAGCCUCGUCACUAACUACCGCAAGAGGAAGAUCACUGAGCUGCAGUCAUGAGCAGCCAAGCACAGAUCAGAGCGAGUGUGUGUGUGUGUGUGUGUGUGUGUGUGAGAGAGAGAGAGAGAGAGAGAGAGAGAGAGAGCCAGAUGGGAUGGACAGGCUGAGCAGCCUGGAACAGAGACUGAUCAGAGAGAGCAAGAUUUGUGUGUGUGAGAUAGAGAGUGAAAGAGAAUGAGUGUUCUGUGUUAGAGGGAACUUUGUCUUUAUUGUACUUGUGAAGUUAAAUGACUUUUAAUAAAGGUAAGCCUUUACUGUUUUGUAA